GAUAGGAAAAAAUUCAAUUCGGAUGGACGGCAUCAUCCAAUGUGAGUCUGUGAUUCCGUCAUAGCAUGCCCACUGUGCUAUAUAUACGAGUAUAUCUGUAUGUAGGUAUGCAUCGAACAUCUGCUGUCCGCUGUCCGCUGUCUCCUAAGUAUAUCUUCAUUUUUGAUGUUGUCGUCAGGCUGGUGCUCACACCCAGGUACAUUCAUCAUUUCCUUAUCUUUCGUUUGUUCGCGACCCCGAGGACCCCCCCAUUGUUGAUUCGUCAAUCCAUCCAUCGUCAAUCCACCAUACAAAAUACUCGGUGACGGAUUCGACCAAUUAUGGUGAAACCCCCCUCCAUCGAAGAAUCGGGUCCUGCAGCCCAAAGUUCCCUUCCAACAACCGAAGUUCCUUCGCCAAGCCGAUCUCACUGUGGUUCUAUUACAGAUUCCCCUGAUUCUCUAUGGACGCGAGCAAAUUCCCACUUUGGUGAAGAGAUAACUCUCGUGCAUGCUGAUUUGCCAAUGAUAGCAUGUGCUCUCGUCUCUGGUAUCUGCGACAGUAGUGCAUACAAUGCUUGGACAUGUUUCGUUUCUAUGCAAACCGGUAACACCAUCUUUUUAGCUCUCGGCGCAUCAGGUCAACCACUCAGUCAUCCAUUCGGUUGGGUAAAAUCUUUAAUUUCCAUAUUCUUCUUCCUCUGCGGUUGUCUAUUCUUCGCACAAACUCGACGAUUCGGUGCCGGAAAAAAUCGCGGAAUUUUAUCCAUAUCGUUUCUAUUACAAGGAGUCUGUGUCAUAGUAGCUGCAGCAUUGGUACAAAAGGGCGUGGUACCAGAACCAGUUGGUGUUAAGUCAAUCGAGGAUGAAGUCAAUUUUAUCGAAUUGAUUCCAUUAGCAUUCCUGGCAUUUCAGUCGGGUGGUCAAAUUGUUACCUCGAGAAUUCUGGGCUUCAAUGAAAUUCCUACUACGGUUUUGACCAGUGUCUACUGUGACAUUGCUUCGGAUCCAAAAGUACUUGUGUGGAAUAAUGUCAAGAGGAAUAGGAGAGUAGGAGCUGUUCUUGCUAUUCUUUCUGGUGGAAUUGCUGGGGGUUGGAUCAGUCGAAGUUCGGCUGGUUUAUCUGCUGCUCUCUGGCUUGCGGCUGCUAUAAAAGUUGCCAUCUCUUUUGGUUGGGCGAUUUGGAGGCCGAAGCCAGUUACUUUGCCAUAAACGUUGUUUGUGAGGGGCAAUAAUAUAGAUGCUAUUGUCAUUGCCAAUAAGUCGCACCAUUCCUGAGUACAAGGUACUGGAUCAUGAAACACAAUCUACUUUCACUCUAUGGUAGAGACUUAGAUACUGUGCUGAGUUAAUGUUGUGUGGGCAGGGGAAAUGCCUGUGAGUCUGUAUAUUUCUGCGAUAAUACCAGUUCAUAUAUACACAAGACACAAUUUUAGUUGUAGAUGGAGGAAACUAGUAUUUAACAAUUCGAUAAGUGGAUGAAUUUAAUGGUACAAAAGAUGUAUUUAAUAGUAGUAUCUGUUUAUAGAAGCAAUAUCAUACGUAGACUCAAAAACUAGUCUUGUCAAUCUGGUAUCCAUCA